AUGGCCUGGCUAUUUUCUCGUUCUUAUCCGGAGCGCAAAGCGGUUGACGUCGACGGGAAAACCUUUGACUAUGUUAUCGUAGGCGGCGGUACAGCAGCAUGCGCCCUCGCCUCCCGACUGAGCGAAGACCCAAGCACCAGCGUCCUCGUUGUCUGCAAAGGCAAGGUGAAGGACAAUUGGCUUGAUCGUAUUCCUAUCGUUGGCAAUGCGAGCGACGGCAAGGGUCCUCAGAUCGAGACAUUCUGGUCUGAGCCCGACGAGCGAUGGACGGGGUGCAAGACUCGGACAUUCAAUACUCAAGCACUCGGCGGCGCCACCAGAGUCAACGGGCUGAUGCUCACGCGCGGCGCGCCGGGUAACUACAACCAAUGGGCUGCGCUUGGUAAUGAUGAAUGGAGCUGGGAUAAGUGCGAGCCAUACUUCAAGAAGAUUGAGAACGCUGCUUGCCACCCCGAUGCUCCCUACCGCGGUCAUGAAGGGCCGCUCUACCUUCGACAGAAUCCCUUGAACUUCCCGAUAGACCAAUACAUCCAAAAAGCUGCAGGCGACAUGAACCUCCCUGUCCAGAAUGAUGGCAAUAACCCAAAUGCCCCGGCCAUGGGCCUCUUCACGACCGACAUCAUGAUAGACAAGUUUGGCUAUCGUCAUUCUUCAUUGGCAGCUUACCUUCCAAAGUCGACGGUUGAUGAGCGAAGGGAGAGACUCACACUCUGCACUGGUGUUGUAGCCACAAAGCUUCAGACCAACGACGAUGGGACAGAAGUAACGGGUGUUCACAUUUUGGAUCAUCUUGACAAGAGCCCUGCCAGGCAAUGCUUCGUGAAGGCCGAGAGAGAGGUCAUCGUUUGUUGUGGAACUCACUUCUCACCGCAGCUUCUGAUGUUGAGGUAUCGUUUCUCUGAGACCCUCCAGCACGUUCGAUCGUCGCUGACUCUUCGCAGCGGCAUAGGACCAAAGAAACAUCUUGAAAAACACAACAUCCCACUCGUGCGAGAUAUGCCGGGAGUUGGUGCUGACCUUCAAGAUCACAUAACUUUCGGCAUCGCCUUCCGCACCCGUCUCAUCGAUUCAUAUCUCCGGUUGUUCAGUCCACUUAUUGGCAUUUGGCACUUCGUCCUCUUUCUCUUCUUCAAGACUGGCUUAUUGGCGACUUCUGGAACCAGAUUGUGUGCUUGGUUUCACACAAGCACCGUUGACGAGACCACAAUGACUGUGAGACACCACGGAAAUGGCAUCGAUGAGAAACACGACAACACGGAUGCGCUAAGGCCUGAGAACGUACCUGAUAUUGAGCUCCUGUUCACCAAUGCUUCGUAUGACUAUGAGAAGGGCAAGGGGUACUGCGCAUUCCAGACAACACUAGUGCAGCCAUUCUCUAGGGGUAGAAUCGAGCUCGCGUCUUCAGAUCCUCUGGCGCAUCCCAAAGUGUUCCAUCACUACAUCACAGAUCCCCGCGACUGGGCGGCAGCGCGCAAGGCCGCUCGUUUCUCGAUGAGCUUUGUGGAGCGCUUCCGUCAGACACAGUACCCCUUCAACGCUACCUGGCAUCUCGCCCCCGGAGUCAAGGCCGGUACGGUCGAAGGUGGGUGGCGGGAUGUGACGGAUGAACAGAUUGACGCUUACAUCAGGGAGCGUUUGGUCAACAUCUACCACGCAACUUCAACGUGCCGCAUGGGUACCGUGGUCGAUAAAGGUGUAGUCGGCCAGAAUUUGAAGGUCCACGGGUUCCGAAACUUGCGCGUUGCUGAUGCAAGCGUUUUCCCAAAGGUGACGAGUGCUCACACCGUAGCGCCAACUUAUAUGGUGGCAGAGCGAUGUGCCGACUUUAUCAAGCGAGACUGGGCCGAGAGGGCUUGA